UUUACCCUCUUAGCGUCUUUAGGGAUCAGAAGUUUUGCUCAGUUUGCGCAACCGGUGUGUGAACUCGUCGCGGCGUAUUGACCGAUCAAACAGCACGAUCCGAUCGCUGUCCAAACGUGAUUGUGUUAACACCAGGGGAUUCAUAUGAGCGUGCCUCCGGUGAUCCGACCGCCGAGCCCCCUCCCGGGGUCGCAAGGCAUAUCCUUUCAAAUCCAGAUCGGGUUAAGCCGGGAACCCGUCCUGCUGGACUCCGGCGAGUUCAGCCUGGCGCAGGUCCGAGAGAUGGCAUGCUCUAUCGUGGACCAGAAGUUCCCAGAAUGUGGCUUCUAUGGGAUGUAUGACAAGAUUCUGCUUUUCCGUCAUGAUCCAAUAUCUGAGAACAUUUUGCAGCUGGUGAGGUGUGCAGCUGAAAUUAUGGAGGGGGACCUGGUGGAAGUUGUCCUGUCAGCCUCAGCAACUGUGGAGGAUUUUCAGAUCAGACCUCAUUCUCUGUUCGUUCACUCAUAUCGAGCUCCGGCGUUCUGCGAUCACUGUGGAGAGAUGCUGUGGGGUUUAGUGAGGCAGGGUCUGAAGUGUGAAGGCUGUGGGCUGAACUACCACAAACGAUGUGCCUUUAAAAUCCCAAACAAUUGCAGUGGCAUCCGUAAACGGCGACUGUCUAAUGUGUCCCUCACUGGUCUGACCAACACUCGCUCUGUGUCAGCUGAGCGAUCUCCCAGCAACUCUGAUGAGGCUUUAUUGUCUCCUGUCAGUCCUAGCAUGGAGCAAAAAAUACCGUCAGACAUCUUUCCUGGAAGAGGGCGCUCCAACUCCCAGUCCUACAUAGGUCGGCCAAUAGAGUUAGACAAGAUCCUGCUCUCUAAAGUGAAGGUGCCACACACGUUUGUCAUCCAUUCCUACACACGCCCCACAGUUUGCCAGCACUGCAAGAAGCUCCUCAAGGGCCUGUUCCGUCAGGGACUGCAGUGCAAAGAUUGCAAAUUCAACUGCCAUAAACGAUGUGCACCAAAAGUGCCAAACAACUGCCUCGGAGAGGUGUCAAGAAACGGAGAUUUGUUGAGUCCUGGUGCUGAAUCAGAUGUGGUCAUGGAGGAGGGCUGCGAUGACCACGACGGGGAGAGACAUGGUUCACUCAUAGAUGAUAUGGAGGAAUCCCUAGUAGGUGACUCUGCUGGCCUUUUGGAAGCUGGACAUGGUGAGCUUGGAGAUUUCCAGGACCAAGACCCAGAUGAUUCCAUCAGAAUCAUCAGCCCUUCCACCAGCAACAACAUCCCACUUAUGCGGGUGGUUCAGUCUGUCAAACACACUAAGAGGAAAAGCAGCAAUGUUAUGAAAGAAGGCUGGCUUGUGCACUUCACCAGCAAAGACACACUGCGUAAGAGACAUUACUGGCGACUGGACAGCAAGUGUAUUACCCUCUUUCAGAAUGACACUGGCAGCAAAUACUAUAAGGAAAUUCCCUUAUCUGAGGUGCUGUCUUUGGAACCAGCUAAAACAUUCAACCUUCUCCCUGAGGGUGCCAACCCCCAUUGCUUUGAGAUUGCCACGGCAUCUCUGGUGUACUAUGUUGGAGAGAAUCUGGCCCGAGCCAACGGGGGAACAUUGGGCUACGGAAGCAGUGUGCUUGUUAGCGGUGUGGGACAGGACGUGGCCCGCAUGUGGGAGAUGGCUAUCCAGCAUGCGCUUAUGCCUGUAAUUGCCAAGGGCAUAUCUCACGGCAGCCAUCACAGCUACCACAAAGAGGUCUCCAUUAGCAUCUCUGUAUCCAACUGCCAGAUCCAGGAGAAUGUGGAUAUUAGCACAGUGUAUCAGAUUUUCCCUGAUGAAGUACUUGGCUCUGGGCAAUUUGGCAUUGUCUAUGGAGGAAAACACAGGAAAACAGGCAGGGAUGUUGCCAUCAAAAUCAUAGAUAAGCUGCGCUUUCCCACCAAGCAGGAGAGCCAGCUGCGCAAUGAGGUUGCCAUUCUGCAGAACCUCCACCACCCUGGCAUUGUCAACCUUGAGUGCAUGUUUGAGACACCAGAGCGUGUCUUUGUUGUCAUGGAAAAGCUCCAUGGUGACAUGUUGGAGAUGAUACUGUCAAGUGAGAAGGGGAGGCUGCCAGAACGCAUCACCAAGUUUCUCGUUACGCAGAUUCUUGUCGCUCUUCGUCACCUUCACUUCAAAAACAUUGUUCACUGUGACCUCAAGCCUGAGAAUGUUUUGUUAGCCUCGGCCGACUCCUUUCCACAAGUGAAGCUGUGUGAUUUUGGUUUCGCACGUAUUAUUGGUGAGAAGUCUUUCAGGCGUUCGGUAGUAGGCACGCCGGCGUACCUCGCCCCAGAGGUGCUUCGGAACAAAGGCUACAACCGCUCGCUGGACAUGUGGUCAGUGGGGGUCAUCGUCUAUGUUAGUCUCAGUGGAACUUUCCCCUUUAAUGAGGAUGAAGACAUCCAUGACCAAAUCCAGAAUGCUGAUUUCAUGUACCCACCCAACCCCUGGAAAACAGUGACCCCAGAAGCAAUUGACCUCAUUAAUAACCUCCUGCAAGUCAAAAUGAGGAAGCGCUACAGCGUGGACAAGUCUCUCAGCCAUCCCUGGUUACAGGACUACCAAAUGUGGCUGGACCUGCGGACUUUGGAGUGCAAAAUGCGGGAGCGAUAUAUCACCCAUCAAAGCGAUGAUUUGCGCUGGGAACAUUUUGCAGAGCAAAAUGGCCUUCAAUACCCAGCGCAUUUAAUCAACCCCCAUGCUGAAGUAAGUGAAGAGGCGGAGUCUGAGGAUGCUAUGAUGAGCAUGCUCAGCGACAGAGUCAGUGUGCUUUAAACUAAAAAUCUCACAACGGAAAUCAAGCCAACUGUAUACUACCAAAUCAACACUGCAGACAACUGUAAAUGCCUUGACAACUCCAAACAAAAGUACCGGUACUGCAUAAUGCCUGGUUAACACAAUUUGAUUGAACAAUACGCAACAGAUCAAGCACAAAUUUCACUAAACACACAGUGCCUAAACCACAAAAGCCAACCUAGCCAUACAAAACCAUCAUAGCCAUAUAUAUAACAAAUCUGAACCCAAAAUUUGUCCUCAAAUCAAAGUUCACUUACCUUUUGAUUUUACCAGCCACCUCUCACCUUUACAAGCCAAUAAAAUUCAGUAUUAUCUCUUUUUCCAUUUUUGCCAUUACCGGGCAUUACACAGUGCAGAAACACUGUAGCAGUAGUAUUGUUUGUAUAACUCACUAAAAAGUCAUAAUAUAUGAGGAAGUCUUGGAAAAUUAUUCUGCUUAAGUUGGUUAAUGAUGACAUCAUAUGAUUUUGCGAUGACAUCAGUGUAUCAGAGCACAUUUACUGUAUAGCUUUUGUGGUUUAGUGUUGAUUUGCUUAUGAAUUUAGUGUGUGUGUGUGUGUGUGUGUGUGUGUGUGUGUGUGGUACUUUGAGAGGUUGGUUGUUUGAGUGUUCUGUGCAAUUUCAAGACUGCAAAGCAACAAUGCCUGUGGACUAAAGACAUUUUCCUUUUGCUUUCAUCAGAGAUGUUGGAAUAAAAGUACAUUUGGUACGCAUAUAGUAUUGUGUUCU